AUGUUCCGCGAAUUCCGGACGAGCGCCAUGGUGCAGGAGACGUUGGCGUCCUUGGGAAUACCAUUCCAGGCCAACUUCGCAGGAACCACAGGCGUGGUGGCAACAAUCGGCAAUGGAGCAGUGCCUAUAGUCGCUCUGCGGGCGGACAUGGACGCUCUGCCAAUCACAGAGGAGACAGAUGUGCCGUUCAAGUCGCGCCAUCCCGGUGCCAUGCACGCAUGCGGCCACGACGCCCACACCGCCAUGCUCCUCGCCGCUGCCCGAAUUCUCCAAGAGCGCUCCCGGGCAGGCGGAUCGGUUCGCGAAGGCGGAGACGGAUCGGGAUCUGCCAUGACGGGCGGCGAUCCGUGGCGGCUUGAUGGACGACGAGAAGGGGGAGGCGGCGGACGAUGUCGCCGAGAUACGGGAGCGCAUAGCUCGCCGGGAGAAGGGGAGCGCCGUCGCGGUGGAGGAGACCGCGGGAGCACCCUGGAGGACCACGUGGUGUUUGGACGGGGGUAUUGCAGCGAAGGAGAUAAGGAGAUCUCCUGCGCCGACAAGUCAGUGAAGGCGAGGCGCGAGGAAGACGGAACCGAAGUCGACGAGUACGGCGAGGAGCCAAAGCACCAACGUAUGGAGGCGAGGAUGCGACGCGAUCUCCCGGCAGCACCAGGCGCAUCGGAUCAGGCGUCGGCGCGCGACGAGGCGGAGCAAGGUGGGGCGAAUGAAGGAGAUCGUUCCGCAGAGGAGGGCGGAAUGGAGGGUCGCGCUCGCCUGAUCCGCGUCGGCAGCGCGGAGGAGGGCGGAACAGAGGGUCGCGCUCGCCUGAUCCGCGUCGGCAGCGCGGAGGAGGGCGAAACGGAGGGUCGCGCUCGCCUGAUCCGCGUCGGCAGCGCGGAGGAGGGCGGAACGGAGGGUCGCGCUCGCCUGAUCUGCGUCGGCAGCGCGGAGGAGGGCGGAAUGGAGGGUCGCGCUCGCCUGAUCCGCGUCGGCAGCGCGGAGGAGGGCGGAACGGAGGGUCGCGCUCGCCUGAUCCGCGUCGGCAGCGCGGAGGAGGGCGGAACGGAGGGUCGCGCUCGCCUGAUCCGCGUCGGCAGCGCGGAGGAGGGCGGAACGGAGGGUCGCGCUCGCCUGAUCCGCGUCGGCAGCGCGGAGGAGGGCGGAACGGAGGGUCGCGCUCGCCUGAUCCGCGUCGGCAGCGCGGAGGAGGGCGGAACGGAGGGUCGCGCUCGCCUGAUCCGCGUCGGCAGCGCAGAGGAGGGCGGAACAGAGGGUCGCGCUCGCUUGCUCCGCGUCGGCACCAUGAUGGGAGGCGGGGAGGCGGGGCGCGCUCGCCUGAUCAGCAUUGGCAACGUGAUAGAAGACGGACUGGCGAGUCUGGCUCGCCUGAUCUGCAGUGGCACAACGAGGGAAGGGCAAGGGGCGAGGCACGUUCGCCAGAUCUGCAGCGUAAGGAAGAAACAGGGGGCAGGGAAACAGGAUGCACAAGGAGGGGUGGAAAGACAGGAGGAGGGAAAGAUGAAGACCGUGGGGAAGCAGACCGUGGGGAAGCAGACCGUGGGGAAGCAGACCGUGGGGAAGCAGACCGUGGGGAAGCAGACCGUGGGGAAGCAGACCGUGGGGAAGCAGACCGUGGGGAAGCAGACCGUGGGGAAGCAGACCGUGGGGAAGCAGACCGUGGGGAAGCAGACCGUGGGGAAGCAGACCGUGGGGAAGCAGACCGUGGGGAAGCAGACCGUGGGGAAGCAGACCGUGGGGAAGCAGGCCGUGGGGAAGCAGGCCGUGGGGAAGCAGACCGUGGGGAAGCAGACCGUGGGGAAGCAGACCGUGGGGAAGCAGACCGUGGGGAAGCAGACCGUGGGGAAGCAGAUCGUGGGGAAGCAGACUGUGGGGAAGCAGACCGUGGGGAAGCAGACCGUGAUAGGAGCAGGAUAG